GGCCACGAGGGGCGCUACGCCAUAUACGUGCAUGCGUCCAACACGUCCUUCUCCUUCCCGCCCGGCUCCUCGCCCCUCUUCCGCGGCCGCCUCGUGCCGGGUGGAGAGGUGCGGUGGGGCGAGAUGUCGAUGGUGGAUGCGGAGAGGCGCCUGCUGGAGGCGGCGGUGCAGGACGAGGCCAACAGCUUCUUCGCGCUGCUCAGUGAGAGCUGCAUACCCUUGUGGCCGUUUGACUAUGUGUACAGCUACAUCGCCUCCUCCUCCGCCAGCUUCGUUGACGCGUACGCGGACCCCUACAGCACGUCGUUCGGGCGGUACAUCCCGCAUAUCUUCAUGCCCGUCAUCCGCCGCCACCAGUUCCUCAAAGGCAACCAGUGGUUCAUCUUGCAGCGGCGGCAUGCGGAGGCGGUGGUGGGGGACACGCUGCACUACGCCAAGCACAACCUCAGCUGCGCCUUUCGGUUGCAGUGGGGCAAGCUGUGCUGUGCGGAUGAGCAUUACAUUCAAACCUUCUUGCAUAUGACAGACCCACGCGGCAUAUCGCGCUACCCCACCACCUUCACGGACUGGAGUGCCAACGACUGGCACCCCUCACUCUACCUGGGCGCCAACAUGACAGACCAAGUCAUCACCACCACCAAGACGGCAAGGCAGUUCAUCACGUAUCGCUCUUUCUGGCAGGACUUCAAGUCCAACUACUCCCAUAUAACCAACCCCUCUGCACCGCAGCCUCCUCUGGCGGUGGGCAACGGGCAUUGUGUGCUGGGGGGGGAGCCGCGCAACUGCUUCCUCUUUGCGCGCAAGUUCCACCCCUCCACACUGCCCUUCCUCAUGCGCAAGUCCCAGCAGCUCCUCGGCUUCUAG